UGUUGUUAUUAUUGACACCCAUGCCUUUUGGUCUCGGUUGGCUGUGAUAAUGACUUAAUGGUCCAAAAUCGCUUCAGUCGGUGUUGUUGGGCAAGAACAAUAUUUCUUUUCUAAAGAAGAAAGAACAAAAAAAAUACAAAGAAACAGACUCUGAACCGCCGUGAAAAAACAACAACAACAACAACAACACGCUGGAAACAAAACGUUUUUAUAGACAAGAGGAGGGAUUUGAAAUUUCUUUUCUUCUGUUUGAUCUUACACCACCAUCAGCAAAUGUAUAAACUCUGGAUGUCAACGGCAGCUACACCUGUUAUCUUUAUUAUUAUUAUUAUCCUUAUCCUUGUUUUCUUCUCAUUCCUUUACCUGUGAAUACUUUUCUGACGUAGCCUCAGUCUUCCCUCAGCUCUGCUGUUCCUCCUAACUACCAUUAUUGUUUUUACUGUUAUUGAGAGUAAUAAUAUUUCUGUGAAGAACAAGCUCGUUUCAUCCCUGCAAUUGCAGUCACAUCUACAGCAGUUAACUGUUUAACUAGCCGCCUCCUACAGUGGUGCUGAAUGUGUUAGUGUCAGAUCGCGGUCGGCUGUCAAAGUGCAAAAACCCUCAUUGUCUAGUUCAAUGUCAUCUUCCAAGACGCCUUGUUCUUGUGCUCAGGAGCGGUUCCGCCAGCCCAAUUUCCACAAGAACUCAAUGGAAAAGGAUGGUGGCGUUAUCAAUCAUCCAAAGUUGGCCGUAUUGCAGAUUGAGAAGGGACCUCGAGCCCCAUACCCUGGACCACAGAUGGGCAGUGGUGGGCCUCCACCACCACCAAUGGGGAUGAGAGCCGGUGGACCUGGUGUUCCUCCACAUGGUUAUCCAGCUUCAAGUCCCACCUAUAUGACAUUGGUGAUGCGAAAAAGGGGAAAAGCCUCUAGUAGUACUUGCUCCUCUUCCUCCUCCUCUUCUUCCUCUUCUUCCUCCUCCUCUACAUCUCACAAGACUUCAACCAAUAGCAAGACCCGAGAGUCUGGAACCUCAAAAAGAGAGCUAAAGAAGAGAGAAAGGAGUAGAGAGAAAACAAAGAGGGUCAGGAAAGAGAAGUUGAAGAAAAGUGUCCAAUCCCGACAGUCUCACUCCAAUGUGAAUGGUAUGCCUCGAACAGGAAUCUCACCUGGAAUGCCGCCUCCUGGCAUGCAGGGGCCCCUGGAUCGGAAGCGGGCAGCGAACGAAGCAAGAGCACCUCAGCAAAUCUCUAAACCUAAAAAGAAAAAGAAGAUAGCAGAUAAAAUUCUACCUCAGAAAGUUCGUGAUUUGGUCCCUGAAUCUCAAGCGUACAUGGACUUGUUAGCAUUCGAACGGAAAUUAGAUGCCACUAUUAUGAGAAAGAGGCUUGAUAUUCAAGAAGCUCUGAAGAGACCAAUGAAGCAAAAACGAAAGCUACGGAUAUUUAUCUCCAAUACUUUUACUCCUGGGAAACCAGAAGGUGAGGAUGGUGAGGAGUCAGUGUCAUCAUGGGAAUUACGUGUAGAAGGACGCCUUUUAGAUGAUGCUGCAAGUUCCAAGCUUAGCGAUGCUAACAAAGUGAAACGAAAAUUCUCGUCUUUUUUCAAAAGUCUUGUAAUUGAACUUGACAAAGAUCUGUAUGGACCUGACAACCAUCUAGUUGAGUGGCAUCGUACGCCCAACACUCAAGAGACGGAUGGAUUUCAAGUGAAGAGGCCAGGUGAUAACAACGUUAAGUGUACUGUUCUUCUAAUGCUUGAUUAUCAGCCAAUGCAAUUCAAACUUGAUCAAAGACUGGCUCGUCUCCUUGGAAUGCACACCCAGACUCGCCCUGUCAUCAUCAAUGCUCUCUGGCAGUACAUCAAGACACACAAGUUACAAGACCCACAUGAAAGAGAGUACAUUAACUGUGACCGGUAUCUCGAGCAGAUAUUUGAAUGCAAGAGAAUGAAGUUUGCUGAGAUUCCUUCCAAACUACACCCUCUUCUUAUGGCACCGGACCCUAUUGUGAUAAACCACAUUAUUGUCGGACCCUCAGUGUAUAACCGUGACCGGAAAAGUGUUGACAGGAUGGAUGGACCUGAUGCCAAAAAAACUGCUUGUUAUGAUAUAGACGUGGAAGUGGAUGACACAUUAAAACAACAGAUGAAUUCUUUCUUGUUAUCUACGCAAAGUCAACAAGAAAUUGCUACACUGGAUAAUAAGAUUCAUGAAACAGUUGAAACCAUAAACCAACUGAAGAUAAAUAGAGAAUUCUUCCUCAGUUUUGCUAAAGAUCCAUUAGAGUUUAUCAACAAUUGGUUAAUAUCUCAAACCAGAGAUCUAAAGACUAUGACAGAUAUUGUUGGCAACCCGGAAGAAGAGAGACGAGCUGAUUAUUACUAUCAGCCUUGGGUACAGGAAGCAGUAUGUCGCUACUUCUAUGGAAAGGUCCAACAAAGGAGACUAGAACUUGAACAGGCACUUGGUAUCAGGAACGCAUAACAAAUGUCAUCUCCAUAGCAACUGUAUUGAGCCUGUCACCAUUGGCAGCUCUCCUCUUCAACUGAUGUCCAGACCAAUGCAGUUGAUCACAUGACCAUUUUUAUACUGUAGAAAAUCAUUCCACAUUUUUCAGAGAAUAAACUGUCAUUAUUAUAUCACAUUUUCAA